CGGGAAAUAAAAUAAUGCUUUCGACAAGUAGUCUAGACUCAUUGUUCCCCGAGUGGCACAACGCCCCAAUAUGCCACACGAAAUUAGUGACAUCAACCGAAGUGGUGCGCGGGGGGGAUUUGCGAAGGAUACUCCGGCGCGAGUUUUGCUGUUGGCUGUUGGCUGGAGGAAAGGGGGGCGUUAGGUAGAGGCCGCCACCAUUAUGUCUCAUUGGCCGACUCCCUCUCGAAGCCUUCUCUCCGCUCCAUCGUCGAAAGGUAGACAUACAAAAAGGAGGCUCUUCGGCCUUGCGAGAAUUUCACGUUGAGACAGCGCUAUUUCUUGUGUCCCACCAGAAGCCACCUCUCGCUAGCCACCACUUAUUCGUCGUCCCUGUUAUGCUGCACAUGCGUGUGAAGAUGAGAGAAGUAAUUGAGCCGACCAUGACCAGUGAAUCGGGCUACAAGCCGAAGGUCCUAAUAGUCGGCGGUGGCCUAGGCGGCUUGACGCUCGCCCAAGUAUUCCGCAAAAACGGCAUCCCGUUUGAGAUCUUUGAGCGAGACGAGCAUGAAGUCGCUAGAGCGCAAGGAUGGUCCCUAACACUUCACAGUGUUCUGGACGGGUUGUUCGAGGCCUUUCCGGAUGACAUGCCCAACUUCCGAGAGUCCGUCCACCACCUGAACCCCCUCGACUUGGAAACGCAGGUCGUCUUCUAUUUCAACAACGAACGUAUAGGCACAGAAGGUUCUCCGGCUACCCCUCUGCUACGAGCCAACCGCCUACAGCUUCGGAGAUGGCUAUCCACCAAGAUCAACGUCCAGUACGGCAGGGUUGCGAGCAAGGUGGAGAGGGUGGGUGACAAGAUGGUCGUCACCUUCAGGAACGGCACCACCGCCAUGGGCGACAUUGUAGUUGGUGCCGACGGUGCAAAUAGCAUCGUGAGAGAGCAUAUCUUAGGGAAGCCGAAUAAGGAGAUCCUCAGGAACGUCCCAGUCGGCUCGAUCACGGGAGAAGUCAAGCUCAGCGGCAGAGCUUUGGCGCGCCAAUUAGAGCUCGCCCACAGCAUGGCCAUCAUCCCGGUCACCACCGCCGACGCGUGGAACCACUUAUUCUUCGGACUGACCGGGAUAUCGCCCGACGGGCAAUCGGGCGAGUUCUUUUGGCUAGUCUCAUGGCACGACCCGCUAGCCUCGGCGACCGGCCGCGUCGCCGUUAACGCGUUCCCGCGGCACGAGCGCCUCGAGAUCGCCAAGAAGAUGGUCGCGAACCUAGACCCCAAGUUCCGGGCCAUCGUCGAGGAGACGCCGGCGGAGGGGAUCCGGGAUAUUGGGUGGGUGCCGAUGGACUGCCAUCUCGACGAGAUUCCGCUCGGGCGCGCGACACUGCUCGGCGACGCCGUACACCUCAUGAUGCCGUACAAGGCCGAGGGCGGCAUCCAUGCCAUGCGUGAUGCCCUGCACCUCGGCAAGCUGCUCUCGAACCUCGAGUCCGGAGACGACGCCGCCCUCCACCGCGCCCUUACCACCUUCUACGGCGAGAUGCUCCCGCGCGGCGCCGAGGCUGUCGAGACCUCGCGCACCUUCCAGCACGAGUUCCGGAAGGACAAGACGGGUGUGCAUGCCUGGGGACACCCCGUGAGAAGCCUGCCGGAUGAGAAGAUAGAGAUCGGGCCGGAGGGGGUUACCAAAAUGUCGAAGGGCAUAUGCAAGUUGCAGAUAGUACCAAGUAUAUGAUGAUCUGCGUUUCAAAUCAUGUAUAAACAAAUUUACUUGCAAGUUUCUUUCUGGGUACGGGGGUGUUGGUAAUAUCAUGAUACAGAGAGAGGAAGAGGGAGAGCCAGCUUAUAUACUUAGGUUUGGUAGGUACAUGUCAGACCAAAUCUCGAUUAUUGCAUUCGAGUUUGUCUGGUGACUAAUUUUUCGUUGCCUCAUUUCGUGUAAAAAAUGGCACAAUAGCACCUAGUUGUUCUGUCUAAUCUGCUCCUAA